UUGCCUCUUAUGGUUAUCAUCCACAAGUCUUGGUGUGGCGCAUGCAAAGCUUUAAAGCCAAAGUUUGCUGAAUCCAAGGAGAUCUCUGAACUUGCCCAUAAUUUUGUUAUGGUCAACCUUGAGGAUGAUGAAGAGCCAAAGGAUGAAGCCUUCAGUCCUGAUGGAGGUUACAUUCCUAGAAUCCUUUUCAUGGACCCCAGUGGAAAAGUCCACCCAGAAAUCAUAAAUGAGAAAGGAAACCCCAGCUACAAGUAUUUCUAUACCAAUGCUGAUCAAGUUGUCCAAGGGAUGAAGGAGGCCCAGGAGAAGCUAACAGGUGAUGCUUUCAAACAAAAACACCUGGGAGAUGAACUAUAAUGAAUACACUCAAUGAUGCUUU